AUGGAGUCAAUAAAAGAAGCUACGCCAGAUAAUAUUUUAAGCAUGAAAGAUCUUUUUUUACUAGCAGUUUCUAUGAUCUGCUAUUCAAGGAAUUCUUUCCAUGAAAACGUGUAUGAAACAAUUGAGAAUUUAGAGGAUGGUUUAUUUGAAAAAAAAGACGCGUUCUUACAUACAAUUCCUAUUGUACGCAUUCGGGAAGGGAUUGAUUCAAAUGCAGACAAAUUUUUAGAAAACAUUAAACUAUAUAUUCAUCCUUUUAUUCUUUCAAAGAGUCAGUUUACUGCGUACCUUGUUUUUUCUACCAAGGGACUUUCAGAAUCAAGUAUUGAAACAGAACAUAUUGACAAAGUUUACGCUUUUGAAAUGAGUACAGAUGGAAAGUUACUUAAUUUAAACAUUGAAAAAUCUGUUAAACCAUUCUUGUUGAGACUUUUACGGGACUUACAGUCUGAAACGAAAGCAGAAGAAUCAAACUCAGAAAAAAAAUUUAUUCAAAUAAUGACUCAAACAAAUUCCGUUUCUCUAAAUCGAACGAAAUUGGAUCCUCGUCUAACAAUUGAACAAGAUAAAACCAUUGCAUCCCUUGUGGGUACCCAUACCAAAGGUUUAAAGAAUCUCACGUCAAUUACAUUGGAAGGACAGUCUCUUGCUGUCUUGCAUGAUGGAGGAUUCCAGAAUGACGACCGUAUCAGCAUUGAUGAUAAUAUGAUGGAACAAGAACUCGAUGACAUUGAAGUUCCAAUUACCGCGUCUCAGGUGAAGAUUGAUUCUGAAUUGGAGGCAUUUUUGCAACCGGCGUACAAUACUCAACCUAUAGAAUUAACCCAACCUUUGGAGCCCGAAAUGGAAGAAGCUGAAAAACAACUUGAGACAAGUCUUCCAAAAACUGGUCUACGAGAGAUUAAAAAUCAAAAUACUGAUCUAAAGAAAGGAGAUAUAUCUACAACUAAACCAAAGGCGAUAUCUUCAAAAAAGAUGCCAGAUGAAGCAAACCGUAUAAGUUGCGAAUGUGGUGACACCAGCGAAGAGCUGGAUAUGUUUGAAUGUGAUUCUUGUAACGGAUGGAUUCAUUGCUGCUGCUAUGGAUUUGAAAGUGACAGCGAUCCUCGUCAGCCCAGUACUUUACUUUGUUAUACGUGCCUUCUAAGUGAAUCCGAACCUCAAUUGUAUGAAAGGAUGACGGUCCUCACAGUUUAUCGGCGCGCAAUCCAAUUUUCUUGGGUAUUCGGUUACGAAGGAACACAAAAACUAGCAAAGAGAUUAAAUUGUAAUCUUCCAGAUGCAAGAAGAAUUGAGUCAAGGAUGAUUCAUGAAGGAAUCCUGAAUAAUGAAAAAGGAAAAAGGAGUUCAGCUCAAAUUGUCAAAACUCCAGAGAUGGUUGAUUAUUUAAAAGAUAAGUAUUUCUCACCUUCGCGAUGGAUCGCCCAUUUGAACUUCAAGAACUAUCGCAGAGAAAAUAGACCGGUGUAUAUGAAAUCGUUCCUUUCUUUACCCGUUGGUAAAGCAACGAAUUCAAGAAGAAAGCGGAUUAAACUUACAAAUGACGAUGGAUCGUCGUCAAUGAAACCUCUUCGAAUAUAG